CGGAAGUAGGGUUCGCCUAGUUGCAGUCAUUUGGCUGGUCGACACGUUUUGUUUUGGUAAAGUUCAUCAAUUUCUAUAUGCCUGUAGCCAAUUGAAUCAAAUCUACUGUUGGAUCGUGAUGCUCGAAGCUAAACAGAGGGUUCGCAUCACAGUUCUUGGGCCAAGGAAGGCUGGAAAAACUGCGCUUGUUUUCCGAUAUAUGGCCAGGCUAUUCGUGGCUACCGACAGAGGGGGCAACAAUGCAACUGGCGCUAGCAGCGGCAGCAGCAGCAGCGACAGCAGCAGCAGCGACAACAAGAAUAGCAGUUCACGCUCGUAUUCAGGCGCUCUGGAUAAUCUAUACUAUCACUGUGUCUGUUUGGAUAACGUCUUAUACGACCUCGAAAUACUUGACUUGGCACAGUCGAAGAACGUGUUAAAAUUUGAACGUUGCUCCGACGCAUUUAUAGUUGUGUAUUCCGUUGCUCUGCGAUCCGAUUUCGAAGAAGCGGUUCUACUGUGUAAUAGGCUCCGAGCUAUUUACCCACGAAAACCUCUAUUGCUUGUCGGCAAUAAGACAGAUCUGACUCGACAGGUGACCACAAGCGAAGGACAAAAGGUUGGGGGCGUGUUAUUCGCUGAGGUAAGUGUGGCUCAUGUGGGGAGCUGGGAGGUCCACCAGGCGAUGUAUCGACUUCUGCGACGGGUAUCAGAGAUAAGAGCUGAGCAAGCAGCGUCAAACAAGUGCCAUUUUGUUGUUCAAAAUGCAGAAGAGGCCUUCGGCCGAAGAGAUUCAAUGGAUACAUCCUCAGCUUAAUGUGAAUACA